AUGGACCGAAGUUCUUCUGAGUAUCCGCAGUCAGGUUUGCCUUCGCCCUAUCCUAGCAACUACGGCGACAACCAUUCUGAAGGCUCCAACGCAGAUCACGCGUCUGGUGCACACUAUCCUGUUAAGCAAGAAGUGACCUACCCGACCUCGGCAACUCCCAACUCCGAGUACGGCUUGUAUCCCCAAUCCUCACGAUCAGGCACCUUUCCGGAGCACAUUCAGCGUUCAUACCAUCCUGCGAGCUCCUCUAGUGGCGGAGGUAUGGCGCAGCAGCAAAGCAACCCGUCCAUUGCAGCUCCUAGUCCAAGCUAUCCUUAUCCGCCGCCGCAGGCUUCGCCGUAUGCGCCGAAUCCAGACAUGUCGCAUAGUUAUUCGCACCACAGCAGCAGCAUGUACGCUCAACCGCGUCCUGACUGGGCAGGAUAUGGCCAACACGGAGCCUCUCCCAUGACUGCGGGUCAUCCUGGUGUAUAUGGUCAAUCCCCAGCUUCGGCGCCGCCCCAACAAAGACAGAACCAGGUAUACUCGUUUGUACCUAUACCUGGGGCUCAGCAACACAAACGCCCACGACGACGAUAUGAAGAGAUUGAGCGUAUGUACAAAUGCGGGUGGAAUGGUUGCGAGAAAGCCUAUGGAACAUUGAAUCAUUUGAAUGCACAUGUAACUAUGCAAUCACACGGUCAAAAGCGUACACCUGAAGAGUUCAAAGAAAUUCGUAAAGAGUGGAAGCAGAGGAAGAAGGAGGAGGAGGCGCAGCGAAAGGCCGAGGAAGAGCGGCAACGCGCCGCCGCCGCAGCACAGAAUGGCGGACCUGAUCAAGGUCCGGAUGGAACGUCUCCGACUUAUCCGGGAUCCCGAGCGGUCCAACUGCCGCCUAUUGGAUACCAGCCAAACCAAUACCCAGCUCCUCCCUCGGGAGGCGUCCCUCCACAAGGACUAAACGAUUAUGACGCCGGCCACUUGUACCCUAGCUACCCACCCCAUUCGCCGUAUGGUCAGGCGAGCCAGAGCAUAUAUAGCCAAUCCGCCGAGUCACUAAACAAGCUGCGAGUAACGCCGCGAUGGCACGAAAGCAUGGCGAGGCUUCGCGAAUGA